UCACGGAAAGGGCGUAAGCCAUGCAUUGGAGUGAAGCCGCAUAAAAGCGCUUCCAUAAUGCGGGCGUGAGGUGCGCGGACGAGGGGGUAAACGGAGGGGAUCCAGGAGGAGGACAGCGGCGUGUUACCGGCUUCACAUCGAGCCUGGCCGUCAGGCACCGGAGAGAAUAAAAUGUCGAACCGAAAGCACCGGGACAACCAGGAGAUCUGUGCCCGCAAGGUCCGGGAGCUGGCCCAGUCUGGAGUAAACAAACACUGCUUCGAGUGCAACCAGCCCGGGGUGACUUACACCGACAUCACGGUGGGCAGCUUCGUCUGCACGUCGUGCUCCGGAAUGCUGAGAGGCCUCAACCCUCCUCACAGAGUCAAGUCUAUCUCCAUGACAACCUUCUCCCAACAGGAAGUGGAAUUCCUCCAGAACCAUGGCAACGAGGUCGGGAGGAGGACUUGGCUGUGUUUGUUUGACCCAAAGACGGACGGCUGCUCCGACAUGAAGGACUCUCAGAAGUUCAAAGAGUUCCUCCAGGACAAAUACGAGAAGAAGAAAUGGCAUUUUUCCAAAAGUAAGAACCGGAGAGAUGUUGAGGGUCCUUGGAGCCCCGGGGUCCAGGCUGUGCCCCCUUCCCAUGGUCCCUUAGCGAGCCAGGCCCCGACUCAUAACCUGCCCCCCAACGCCAGAGCCACAAGGCCACUGUCUCAGUCCCAGCUGCCAUCAUGGGAUCGAGCGCCUGCGAUCUCGCCUGCCGACAUGCGGACCGACGUGUUCACCGCUAGGCCAUCGCGCUCCCAAAGCUUCAGAGACCCCCCUCUGAAAGAUCCCACCCUGUGCGGGAUAGAAAGACAGCGGCCAGGCUCCCUGUCGUCAGCGCUGGGAGCUCAGAGCCACGCCCCCUCCUUCCCUGCCCUCCCACGACCAUCAGCCAGUAGCUCUUUCAAAAACCACUUCACUUUAGGUCGUACAGUAUCAGCCUCUGGGGCCACGGGGCCCUUUAGGGCCUUCCCCAAGUCUCUCAGCGUGGACUUUGGAGGUAUGAGCCAUCCUCAGCCACAGCCCCUGCCCCAGUCUCUGUCCCAGCAGCAGCAGCAGCAGCAGCCUGCCAGUGUUGGCCAGACAACACCCCCGGUGGGCGGCUCGAACCCCCAGGACAGGUACGCUGCCGUGUCGCAGCUGGACAGCGUCUUCUCUGAAACGACCACAGCUCCACCUGCUGGUCCUCCGCAGUACAGCGCCAUCUUUGGCAGCAGGCUUUCAUCCAGUUCGACUCCUGCCAGUUCCCCUGGUGUCGAUACACACUCCAGCUCCCAAACCUUUGCGAAUUUCCCCAACCCAUUCAGUUCCAGCUCCAGCUCUGCUUCCCAGCAGCCUGUUGCCCUCUCCCCCAGUAACCCCUUCAGCAAUGCCUCAGGAGGUGACUCCAGCGCGUUUGUCACCUCGCCCACCUCUGUGUUCCCUCCGUCUGCCUCUUUCCCAGCGCCUGCCACCCAGAAUGCAUUUCCUCAUGAGUCAGCCAGCAACCAGGAAGCCAAUGGUUUUGCCUCCUUCCCUGCGUCAGACUCUCAGCCCAAAGUCCCUCGGCCGAUGUCGGUGAACCCGUUUACUGGGAAUGUUUACCCCAGUCGAGGGACGUCGCGAAAUCCUUUCAUCUGACCCCCCCCACCCACCCACCCUCUCCACCCCCCCUCUCCUUACUUCACCCACCCAUCCAUCUCUGGGAACUGAGGGAGAAGUGAACUUGAGGAGUCGCUGCCAUUUCAAAGCCUCUGGAGUAUUUUCACCCUCUGAGGGAGGGUGUGACGUCCAUGCAGACCCCCCCCCCCCCUUUUCUGUCCGUGUUUACGUGUUUGUGGAGGAAAAAAAAAAAGUGUGUGAAUGUAAUUAUGAAAUUUGUGUGUGUAUGAGAGGGUUGGCUUGCUGUCUUUGUAACACAAGACAAACGUCAGAAGGUGUUUGUGUGCCAGUAGACGCCACCUCAGGGCUCUGUGGGAGUCACGAGUAAACGACGCCUCUAUGAUUUUUGCAGAAACACACACUUUAUAUACACACACACACACACACACACACACACACACACACACACACAUACAUACAUACAUACAUACAUACAUACAUAUAUUACACACACACGUUGCUGCUGCUGCUACUUUGCUUUCAUCUCCUGCUAAAAAGUGCAAAAAAAACCCCAGCCCGCCGGUGAACACCUCAGUGUUGUCUUCUGCUUUAAAAAUGUUUGAGUCUCUCAGUCGUCCAAAGGAAAAGCCAGGUGAGACUCUGACCCUGCAUCAUGAGUUUCUACAGAUGGUUACAACCGCCUUAACAGCCUCCUGAUGCAUGUGAAUUAGCGUCGAAAGAUAAGACGGGCUUUCCUCUGUAAUGGGUGUGUGGAACGUGUCUGCAUUCGUCACUGUUUUUUGUCAGGUUUCCUUUGAAGGAUAAUCUAUGUUUUCCACUCUCAGGCUGCAUGCGCUUAGAGGGCUAAAAGGAGAUGCUACUGAAUGUAAAAGCAAUUUCAGAAUAACUUGCGUAAAUGUGUAUGAUGACUUCAUUGCUUCAUGUACCGGACCAAAAUGUUCUCUGGCUGUUUUUUCGUUUGACAUUGGAAAUUUAAUUUCCCCUAUUUUGCCAAAAACAAAAAAAAAAACAAACAAAAAAAAGACAAGAAAAGAGAUUCAUGUAACAACGUCUUUGUAAUGACAAGUAUUCAUGUUCAUAAAAUCAGUUUGUUGCUUCUUAA